ACUUGAUAAUUGAAUGCUUUUGAUAAUGAACAUUUUUAAUUAUAGGACCAUGUGUUUUUUUUGCAAUUCAAAGAAUUAAUUAAUAUAAGUCCUAGUUCGGAUAUCGGGUCGGUACUUGGAAACAAUUCAACAAUUGGAAAUGAGUAAACCAAAUCAAGGCGAGGCAAUGCAGACCAAUCGGUCCUCACCGCUCGACAGAGAUAAAGCAAAUACAGGCUCUGGAAAAGCAGAUGUUAAAAAGAUCAAUGUCAAACCGCUGAUGCCAUCAAGACAGCUCAGUAACAGAAACGUCAAGAACAGUAGUGCAGUGGAUACGUUUACCAUGUCGAUGAAAGCAGAUUCACCCAAAGAGAAAAUGAGCCAUGAAUCUAUUCAGGAGAUCCUGAAUAGGAUGUCAGUGGACCCAAACUGUGCAGAGGCAAGGUCGGGAAAGAUGGCAGCGGACAGGUGGAGGGAAAGGUCCGCCAAGGAGAUCUGCAACGAGUUUGUUAACGACACAAGCUUUACGGCUCUGACCAGAAUUACCAAGGCAAAUCACUGGUACAAGAGGUUGCUGUGGUUACUGGCCUGUCUUUGCAUGAUCACGUGGUUGACUAUCCAGAUCGUGUGGCUGUUCCAGAAAUACUUCACUUGGCCGGUUGAACACUCCGUGGAGGUGAGGGCCGUACCAAACCUUAAGUUCCCGAGUGUGACCAUCUGUAACAUUAAUCCACUGAAAGCCUGCACACUGAAAGGAGGAGAGUUUGAAGCCAUCGAAGACAUUCUAGAGUUGGACGAUAAAGACAUGCUGUUUGACGAUUACAAAAAUGACAGGAUGCGAGAAUGGCUAGAAGAUUCGGUUGAUACAGAUAACGGUACAAAAAACGACUACGACGAUGACGAGUUCUGGUCGAACUAUAUGCAACAACGGUCAUUCAACAAAUGGAACGCCCUUGAAAACGAUACGGAGACUGCCGAACAGUUCUAUGCGGACAUGGACGAUUCGCACACGGCCAAAUUAGCAUACGCGACAAUGGCAGCAACACUGAGGACGGAUGAGUUUAAGAAAUAUGGGCACCAGAUUGAGGACCUUCUAAUCUCCUGUGUCUAUCAAGGAAUGGCUUGCUCACCAAAAAACUUCACCUAUCUGCGGAAUAACCUUUACGGCAACUGCUACACCUUCAAUGCGUUCGAUAACGGGCACGACUCAUUGUCAACAAACUACGCCGGUCCGCUAAUGGGUCUAACACUGGACCUAAAUAUAGAACAAGAUGAGUAUAUAGCAGCUCUGGCCCCUGAUGCUGGUGUGAAAGUGGUCAUUCACGAAAGAGGCACCUACCCCAUUCCCGAGGAUGAGGGACUGUCCUUAUCACCGCACAGGAAGACGUCAAUUUCUAUGGAAAAGGCGAGCAUUACCCGGCUUCCACCCCCUCACGCUGACUGUGGAACAGCGGGAGUCGGUGUCGAGAACUACUACACUAGGGACUUUGGUACGGCGUACGGGAAGGAGACGUGUUUUAAGUCAUGCUUGCAAACGCAGUUCAACGAUCUCUGUGGUUGCUCCUCCCCGUUUUUCUACGUUCCACCGGAGUUUUCUGUUUGCUCCAUCAAUGACAACAGUACAGAAGAGUGCUACUAUAGCUACAUGGAUGCAAUGAUUUCGGACUGCAAUGACAAAUGCCCGUCCCCAUGCAGUGACACGAAGUACACGCUGACGAUGUCAUUGUCGCAGUGGCCAUCAGACAAAUACGAGCCUCAUCUACUGUCCAAGAUUUCCAAGUCCACAAGUUCCUUUAUGGAUGACGAGAGGAGGUCAAACAGCAAGAACAUGUUGGUGAAGGUUGACGUGUUCUACAAGGAAUUGAUGCUUGAGAAUAUCGAACAGAAGAAGGCGUAUGAGUCCAUGAAUCUGAUCUCGGACAUCGGCGGUCAGCUAGGACUGUGGCUAGGCUUAUCAGCGAUUACAGUGGGUGAACUGAUCGAGUUCUUCGCCUCGCUGUGUCGAGUUAUCGCCCGGAAGUGUUGUAAGAAGAACAAGUCAGGACCCCCCAGCAAGGCCGAAGAGGCUGGGCUGCCUGAUGUGGCGUAAACAGCAGUCGCAGCGCAUGCGUGUGCGAAUACAUUGAUAUAUGUUGCUACUGCACAUGUAUGUGAGAAGACAAUGAUACAAUAUAUGUAUCUAUUGCGCAUGCGUGUGAAAAGACAACUGUUCAAUAUAAGUAUCUAUUGCGCAUGCAUUUGAAAAGACAACUGUAUAAUAUAUGUAUCUAUUGCGCAUGCGUGUGAAAAGACAACUGUUCAAUAUAAGUAUCUAUUGCGCAUGCAUUUGAAAAGACAACUGUAUAAUAUAUGUAUCUAUUGCGCAUGCGUGCAAACAUACACUCAACUCAAAACUCAUCUUAUUUACGAAUUCAGGUUACAAUGUAUGCAACAACCUGCAUAGGAUAUAUAAAAUGCAUGUUAAAUUAUUGGUAUUCGGGUACAGGAAUUCGGAAUAACUGAUUAAUAGUACGUAAUAUAAUAACCAUCCAUACAUGUACGUGUAUAAGCUUAGCAGGGCCACUGUUGUUUUAUCCCGUCUGUAAAAUGGGGCUUACAUUAUUUUCUUAACAACUUUUCUAAUUUGUCCGUUUCCAAAUUCCAAUAUAAUUAAAGAUUUACAUAUUAACUCGAUUAGAACGUUAAAAACAAAAUGACAUAGAAUUACUGUAGCAAACCUAUCCGUUUAAUCGCGCAUUUUUACAAGUUUUACUGAGUUACUAUCCCUUCUUUAUUAAGUAGGAAGUAUCUACUUCGCAUGGGCGAGCAAAGU